UAUCAUAUAAAAACUCUGCUACACGAAUAAGGGUACGAUUUUUAUUUUUCCUUAGUUAUAUAUUUUUACCUAACAAAGUAUCGGUUAUUAUCCUUACCUUGUCAUAAAAAAUACCUGUCAAAGUAUCGGUAUAUCGAUUGUUUUACCUUUUAUCGUCAAUUGUAUUCGGGCAGUCACUUCAUUAGAAGUUUAACAUUCGUAUUCCCUUUAAACAUGCAGUCAAAUUGUAAUAAGUCAGACUGAAGAUAUAUUUUGCGAGCUUACGAAUACUGUAUUUUGCCUGGAUUUUAACUAUGGAGAAUCGUGAAAUUGAUAACCGUGAAACUGAGAACAGUGAAAAUAGUAAAAAUCGUGAUUCUGAAAAAAGGAAGCGUGGAACAUGUUCGGAAAACAGGAUGGGUGAAAAAGGUUCAGAUAAAAUAAUGCGCGAAACGGGUUCGAUGUAUAAAAUAAUCAAAAAUAUGAACAAGCGAUACGAAGCAGAAACGUUUGACGAUAGUAGCAGCAGUAGAUCCGAUGACCUACAGAGCCAAAAUAUGGCAUCGCCGGAUGCAGAGAUCCCUAGUGUUUCAAAUAUUCCGUCAACAAGUGACCAAGAAUGUAUCAGCUACCCAGUUGAAGAGCAGAUCGUUGAAGAAGAAUACAUUGGUGAUUGGAUAAUUUUCGACGAGUGUGACAAUAUAGAAAGUUAUGAAAAUAUAGACGACACCGAAAACAUAGAAGAGAUAGGCUCCGAUAGUGCACAGCAAACCGUACCAACUAACAGUGAGGCGAUGGCGGAACGACUCAGAAUUUGGGCUUUGAAAACGUAUCAGACGCAUACGGCUCUCAACGGACUGUCAGAAAUAUUACGCGAUACAACCAGUUAUAAGCUGCCCAAAGAUGCACGAACACUGCUUAGAACAAAGCAAUGUGGACGAGAAAUAAAGCAAAUAGCAGGAGGAGAAUUUUGGUAUCCAGGAAUAAAAGCAGCUCUUGUGAAACAAUUUGGUAAUAUUCAACCAAGAGUCAACAAAUUUUCAUUAAACUUCUCCAUCGAUGGACUGCCAUUACACAAAAGUUCUCGUAAGCAGUUUUGGCCAAUAUUAAUGAGCAUUGAAGAGAUGCCCGAGGUUCCAGUAUUAAUGGUUGGAAAUUUUUUGGGAGAAUCAAAACCCGCAAGCCUGAAGGAAUACCUUGAACUUCUAGUAAAUGAGCUCAACGAAUUAAUGGAGACUGGCAUUGUAAUAGCCAAUAAGCUGAUCACAGUACGCGUUUGGGCUUUCAUCGCUGACUCACCUGCACGAGCUUUUAUUAAAGGAGUAGCAUACUUCAAUCACAAAAAUGGUUGCCAGAAAUGUACCGUUGAAGGAAAAUUCAACAAAACUGCAAGAGUGAUGUGUUUUCCCGACAUAGACGCACCGCCGAGAACGCACGAAAACUUUAGGAACUGUAACUACGGCCAACAUCACAGGCAAACAACGCCACUUAUUAAGCUUCGCCAUUUCGAUAUCAUCAAGAAUGUUAUUAUUGCAGAUCUGUUGCAUCUGAUUGACUUCGGAGUUACACGAACGUCAAUAAACGGCUGGAAAUCCGGCAAGUUAGGUAGUGGUCCGAAAUGGAGUAAAGAAACAAUUGAUAGGAACAAUAACAUUCUUGACAAGGUGGAAAUUCCUGUAGAGUUUCACCGCAAAUUGCGUAGUAUUGAAGAUACCGGUUUUUGGAAAGCCAGUGAAUUCAAUAUGUUUUUGAACUAUGCUGGUUUCAUAGUGUUGAAGGAGGUGUUAACAAAAGAACAGUAUGAACAUUUCAUGUUAUACUUUAGUGCGAUAAGACUUUUCUCUUCUGAUUCUUACAAAGAACAUUGGCCAGCUGCACAUAUUAUGCUUAAACAGUUUGUUGUACAGUAUGGUACUAUUUACGGGGAACAUCGGAUAACCAGUAAUGUGCAUAAUUUAUUCCAUGUUUUCGAAGAUGUGAACAAAUUUGGACCACUUCCUAAAUUUUCUUCGUAUCGCUAUUAAGCUAAAUUACAUGAUGUGGGUAAAACCCUACGAAAUGGACAUAAGGUUUUGGUGCAAACGGCGAACAGGAUAUCUGAACAGAUUCCAACACGCUCGUCAAGCAGUGAACAUUCACCUUUUCCUUACAUUGAAUCUAAAAGUAAUGGUGUAGUUGCACACGUUAAUUCGAUUAUUACUCUUUAUCCCAGUAAGCAAUCCAAUUGGUUUUUAACUCACGAUGAUUAUAUAGUUCAAUAUACCAGUGCAAAAAUGGAAGGAUCAGUUAUGUACAUUAGCGGCAAGGCUUUUAGUGAAAUAGAUGAAAGUACCACAUACCACUCCUCUAGGUGGAUGAUAGAUAUGUUUGAAGCGAACAUGUGCCAUCUUUCCACAAAUGAAAUGGUAUUUUUACAAUCAGAUAUAAAAUGUAAAAUGGUAGCAAUUAAUAUAAGUGAUAAUAGAUUAAUGUUUGUACCUAUGCUCCAUACUUUAUUGUAAAAACAUAAAUAAAUAACUAUUUAUAACUAUUUAUUGUUCAGCUAACCUUUGUUUUGAUAUUUAACUAGAAGGGAGAUUUUUUCUGAUCAGAUGCCGCAAUCUCAAUGCCACUCUCAUAUACACCACCUAAAGUGGAUAUCACCUUGUGGUAUAGAGUAAAUAGACAAAGCUUAUUUGUAUGUAUAUUAAAUUAGAAUUAGAUUAGUUUAGUGCAGGACGAAUGAGGAAGCAGCGAUCGGAUGCGCCGAUCGCUCGGCCACUUCUCUCGCAACCAUUGGCCAGUUCGGAUCAAUAAAGCAUAAAGCAAUAAUAAAGUAAUAAAGUUAAGCUCGAACCCAAAAGCUUACACGCAUUAUGAUAUGAAAAAUUAAACAGAUUUUGGUUUGUUUGAUAAUUUUAUUUCU